UGCAGCCAGCAGCUCUCAGACCUGCGUCCCUUGUCCCUUCGCUCUGGUCUCUCUCCUCAUCAUGACUUCCUAUAGCUAUCGCCAGUCCUCAGCUAUGUCUUCCUUUGGGGGUACAGGCGGGGGUUCGGUACGCAUUGGGUCAGGGGGUGCUUUCCGCGCACCCAGCAUCCACGGGGGCUCAGGCGGCCGCGGCGUGUCCGUGUCCUCCAUCCGCUUAGUGUCCUCGUCCUCCGGGAGCUAUGGCGGAAUCCGCGGUGGAAGUUUUAGUGGGACCCUUGCUGUGUCCGAUGGUCUGCUGUCUGGCAAUGAGAAGAUCACCAUGCAGAACCUCAACGAUCGUCUCGCUACCUACUUGGACAAGGUGCGCGCCCUAGAGCAGGCCAAUGGCGAGCUGGAGGUGAAGAUCCGUGACUGGCACCAGAAGCAGGGACCCGGACCCUCCCGAGAUUACAACCACUACUUUAAGACCAUUGAGGAAUUGCGCGACAAGAUCCUUGGCGCCACCAUUGACAACUCCAAGAUUGUCCUACAGAUUGACAAUGCCCGCCUGGCUGCAGAUGACUUCCGAACCAAGUUUGAGACGGAGCACACCUUGUGUCUGAGCGUGGAGGCCGACAUCAACGGCCUGCGCCGGGUGCUGGAUGAGCUGACCCUGGCUAGAGCUGACCUGGAGAUGCAGAUCGAGAGCCUGAAGGAGGAGCUGGCCUACCUGAAGAAGAACCAUGAGGAGGAAAUUACUGCCCUGAGGAGACAAGUGGGUGGCCAGGUCAGUGUGGAGGUGGAUUCCACUCCCGGCGUCGACCUAGCCAAGAUCCUGAGUGAGAUGAGAAGUCAGUAUGAGAUCAUGGCCGAGAAGAACCGGAAGGAUGCUGAAGCCACCUACUUGGCUCUGAUUGAGGAGCUGAACACUCAGGUCACUAUCAGCACUGAGCAGAUCCAGAUAAGCAAGUCCGAAAUCACGGAACUUCGGCGGACCCUCCAGACCCAUGAGAUUGACCUGCAGUCCCUGCUCAGCACGAAAGCUGCCCUGGAAGGCACACUGGAAGAGACGAAGGCCCGUUAUGGACUCGUGCUGUCACAGAUCCAGAGCGUGAUCAGCAGUUUGGAAGCCCAGCUGAGCGAUGUGCGUGCCGAAACAGAACGCCAGAACCAGGAGUAUAAGCAGCUCAUGGACAUCAAGUCGAGGCUGGAGCAGGAGAUCGCCACCUACCGCAGCCUGCUGGAGGGCCAGGAAGCCCACUACAAUAAUCUGCCCACCCCUAAGGCCAUCUGAGCCACCAGUGAGACUCCCCUGGGAAGGGGCCUGACUGGAGUGAUAAAAGUUUACUCCAACCCCUCCCUCGACUUGUCAAUAAAACUAUCCUCCAAGGGAAAAA